AUGACUUACGCCUCCCCAGGUUCCGUCACAGAAUCCAUCCAGACGGGCGCAGAAGCCGAAUUCCCCAUCGGCAUGGCCCUGGGAAGCCCCUCGCAGGCGCCCCUCACGGGUCCCAUGUCUAGAUCCGUCUCCGCGGCUGGUCGGCACGCCGCUCCUCCUCCUCCACCGCCAGCUAGGGCCUUCACCACCUCCAACAACACUACGCCAUCCGAGGAGUCGGCACCCCAGCUAUCGACGACGCCGCCCAAACAGAAAUCACGCAAGUGGGGGAUCUUCAGGAGCAAGUCUAGGAGCACUAAGAGGACUAGGACCAACACCGCGGACACGGACACGUCGCUGUCCCAGACUGACGCACAGCAUCAUCCGCCUCAGACGCACAGCACUCAGCCCUCGUCGACGGCAUCGGGAACGACGCCGACGAGGGGAAACACCACACCGGCCAUGGCCCCGCGCGGAGAUUAUGUCACCGGUAGUUCGAGGCGGGGCAAGCCCAGUGUAUCUCGAUCAUAUACGGAGCCCGUCUUGCAAGGCGCUGCAACCCAGGAGCGACAUGUGUCUGAUCACCACCAUCACCACCCGUCCAAGGAGUCUCAAACCUCGAUGCAUAGGCCUACCCUUGCGAAACGUGCAGAGAGCGACAGGCGGCCACUGGCCCAGAACCCAGUCCGCCCAGGAGUCAACACUUACCCUCCCCAGAUGAGGCGGGGCCCCCUCCUAGACGUUCAGAUCCCCGACAUCACCAUGGAGAGAUACAGCAUCAUGUUUGGCCAGGUCUUGCAGAACAAGCACUCGGGGGCGCAUCAGCAGAAGGGCCAAGACCAGCAGCAGCAGCUGGAGCAGCACGAGCAGCUACAUGAGCCGCCUCAGAAGCAGAAGUCAUCGCAUCCGUCGUGGCCGCAAGGCCAACUGGAACUCCAUUUCCCUCUGCAGUCGCUUCCAGAGCAGAAGCCAGAACAGACUCUGCAUGAUGUUCACCAUAACACCAAGUCUGGCUCACUGACGAGGUCCUCGUCCGCCCUCCUUGCCCGCCGACAGGCUACUCUGAGCAAUCUAGCUCUGGAAAAGGCGGAGGAGAAGGCCAGCAAGAAGUCCCUGCCCCUGCCCCUGCCCCUGCCCGCGCAGGUUCGCAUGGAGGCGCCGCCGGCUGACCUCGCGCCGCCCCGACGAAUCGGCUCCCCUUCGCGCCAUCAGCGCAAGAGCUCGCCUCAGCUACAUCUUUUCCCGCCCACGCCCAAGCAGCAGCCGCACGUGGGCCUGGCCGUCCUCACACCGUCGCCCCGUGCACGAUUCCACCAGGAAGCACCAGCGGUGACGAGCCUUCCCUCCCGCCCGCAUCCGAACAGGCGUGCAGCCCAGAGCAACCCCCCGAUAGGCAGGAUGCCCCCGCCUGUGCCGUCACCGCCGACAUCUCAGCAGCAGCGUACGCCACCCAAGCCCCAGCGUCUCCCUAUUCAGCAGCAGCCCGUGGCCGAAGCCGUUUGCGAAUCGCCUGUCGAUAUGCACGACUCGCCCAAGGCUGCCACUGCUGAGCGCUCCAGCAUCGAUGCGGCCAUAGUCGUGACCCCACCACCGUCGUCGUCGCCGAUCAUGAGGAAGAAGAAGGGCUCAAUAUCAUCCAUCAUGUCGUCAGAGCACAUUACCGUGGUCAAGCCACAGGUGCAGCCGCAGAUCCUGGUGCAGGAGCAUGACAGCAACGGCAGCACAGAUCAGGAGACUGCCGCUACCGCCGCGGCCGCGGACAGGGCUCUCAAGGAAGCCGUCGAGGCUUCCAUCAUCAGGCAGAUAUCCGUCUCCCGUGAACAGCGGCAGAUGCUCGGGUCUCUUCGCGGCCACAUGAAGAACGGAAGGGACGCAAAGCCGAAAGGUUUCGGGUCCGUUGCCGUCGGGCAGAAUGAGCGCCUUGUCGAGACGAAGCAGCUCACGCCCGUCAUGGUUCACCCUAGCUCCGAGGACGGGUCGAGCACGUCGUUGCAUAUGCACAGGCGGAGCGAGCGUGUUGUUCUCGAGGGGAUGUGA